UUUUCCAAGUGGGUUUGGCUAUUUUUUCCCCCUCUCUCUCCUUUCCCGGCUCUCUCCAAAUGUGCUAAAAAAAUUUAUCUCCUCCGGACCGUUUUGUAAUCCGUCGCAACCAUGAAGUCUCCGACAGCCGACCCUCCCCGUAAGAGAAGGAUGUUGUGGAUUAUUCUUCUAAGCACAAUUGCUGUAGCAUGGACUACCCCCAUCCCCUUGAUAGAGGACUCAGAGGAGAUUGAGGAGUCUUGCUUCGAUCCUUGUUACUGUGAAGUCAAAGAAAGCCUUUUUCACAUACACUGCGACAACAAGGGAUUUAUAAAUAUUAGCCAGAUAACGGAGUCCUGGUCGAGACCUUUCAAACUUUACCUGCAGAGGAAUUCCAUGAGGAGAUUAUAUACUAACAGUUUUCUCCACCUGAACAACGCUGUUUCAAUCAACCUGGGGAACAACGCACUCCAAGACAUUCAGACGGGAGCCUUUAACGGCCUCAGAAUCCUGAAGAGGUUGUACUUGCAUGAGAACAAAUUGGACAUCUUCAGAAACGACACUUUCCUGGGCUUGGAGAGUCUGGAAUAUCUGCAGGCAGAUUACAAUGUCAUUAAGCGGAUCGAGAGCGGGGCAUUUCGAAACCUGAGCAAGCUCCGGGUCCUGAUCUUGAACGACAACCUUAUCCCCAUCCUCCCCACCAAUUUGUUUAAGUCGGUGUCCUUAACUCACUUGGACUUGCGUGGAAACAGGUUGAAAGUGCUCUCCUACCGAGGGAUGCUGGAUCACAUUGGCAGGAGCCUGAUGGAGAUCCAGCUGGAGGAGAACCCUUGGAACUGUACCUGUGAUAUUGUCCAGCUGAAGAGCUGGCUGGAGCGCAUCCCCUACACUGCCCUUGUGGGAGACAUAACCUGUGAGACCCCUUUCCACUUCCACGGGAAGGACCUGAGGGAAAUUAAGAGAAACAAACUCUGCCCGAUGCUGUCUGACUCGGAGCUGGUCAGCAUCGGUGCCCCUCAGUUGCCCUCGAGCAAGGAGAACGCGUGGCCUACGAAGCCUUCUUCCAUGCUGUCCUCUUUCCAUUUCACUGCUUCCUCUGUCGAAUACAAAACUUCCAUUAAGCAGCCCAGGCCCACCAAACAGCCCAGGGCACACAAGCCACCCCCUACGCCUCGAGGCCUAUACCCUGCGCCCAACCAGCCCCCAAUAGCUGGUUACCAGACGAGGCCACCCAUCCCCAUCAUCUGCCCUACUGGCUGCUCAUGCAGUUUGCACAUCAAUGACUUGGGCCUGACGGUCAACUGCAAGGAAAGAGGGUUCCACAAUAUUUCCGAGCUCCUGCCCAGGCCCGUCAACGCCAAGAAGCUGGUCCUGAGUGGCAAUUUGAUACAGAAAAUUUACCGUUCCGAUUUCUGGAAUUUUUCUUCCCUGGAUCUCCUGCAUUUGGGGAACAACCGGAUCUCCUAUGUUCAGGACGGGGCCUUCGUCAACCUGCCCAACCUGAAGAGCCUGUACCUGAAUGGCAAUGACAUUGAGAAGCUGACCCCAGGCAUGUUCAGGGGUCUGCAGAGUCUGCACUAUCUGUAUUUUGAGUACAACCAGAUCAGGGAGAUCCAGCCCGCUGCCUUCAGUCUCAUGCCCAACCUGAAGCUGCUCUUCCUCAACGACAACCUCCUGAGGAACCUGCCUACAGAUGCCUUUGCAGGCACCUCUCUGACCAGGCUCAACCUGAGGAACAACAAAUUCCUGUACUUGCCGGUGGCCGGCGUGCUGGAGCACCUCAACGCCAUUGUGCAGAUUGACCUGAAGCUCAACCCGUGGGAUUGCACGUGUGACCUGGUGCCUCUCAAGCAGUGGAUCGAGGCCAUCAGCUCCGUCAUCAUGGUGGGGGAUGUCCUUUGCGCCAGCCCAGACAACCUUACCCACAGAGACAUCCGCUCUGUGGAGCUGGAGGUGCUCUGCCCCGAGAUGUUGCAUGCUGCUGCUGCCUCGCCGGCCCCUCCAGCGUGGGGCCACCCCAUCCCCACCAGCCCGUCGCCCUAUGAGCUCCCCCCGGCUGGGGGAGGCCCGGUGCCCCUCUCCGUGCUCAUCCUCAGCCUCCUUGUACUGUUCUUCUCGGCAGUCUUCAUUGCUGCGGGCCUUUUCGCUUUUGUCCUGCGCAGGCGCCACAAGAAGCUACCCUUCCGGAACAAGCAGCGGCAGGAGACCCUCGACUUGACGGGCAUCCAGAUGCAGUGCCACCACCUCUUCGAGGAGGGAGGCGGCGGCGGCGGCAGCGGGGGAAUCAGCGCCUCCCCGGAAAAGGCACCCCCGGUGGGGCACGUCUACGACUACAUCCCGCACCCAGUGACCCAGAUGUGCAACAACCCCAUCUACAAGCCCCGCGAGGAGGACGAAGUGGUGGCGGGGGAGCCCGGGCAACCUGGGGACAUGCUUUUGGGAGGAGGAGGUGGUGGUGGUAGUGGUGGUGGUGGAGGAGGAGGAGGAGGAGUUGGCUGUGCAGGGGAACAGUUUGCCGACCCCACAAAGGACGGUGGGAGCAGCAGCUGCUACAGGACCUUGCUGGAGAAGGAGAAGGAGUGGAGCCUGGCUGUGUCCAGUUCGCAGCUCAACACCAUAGUGACUGCCAACCAUCACCCCCACCCGCACCCGCCCGGCGGGGGGAUUGGAGGGGGGCUGCCUCUCCUGGGGGAGCUAGCGCUGGUGCCGCCUGUCUUCCACCACGAAAAGAACGGUGGGGUGGUGCUCUUCCCCCCUAGUGGUGCCCUUCUAGACAGCAGGGACAGGCCGCCCUUGGCGCCCCCGUGCGCGGUGGGUUUUGUGGACUGCCUCUACGGCACGGUGCCCAAAUUAAAGGAACUGCACGUGCACCCCCCUGGCAUGCAAUAUCCAGACCUGCAGCAGGACGCCAGGCUGAAAGAGACCCUCCUCUUCUCGGCUGGUAAGGGCUUCCCAGACCACCACCAAACCCCCCAAAGCGAAUACCUCGAGUUAAGGGCCAAACUCCAAACCAAGCCGGAUUACCUCGAAGUCCUGGAGAAGACCACUUAUAGGUUUUGAAACAAAACAAAACAAAACAGUCUAGCUUUUACAGCCA